AUGUUUAGUAACGCUACAGUCGAUUCCUCGCCACUGUCAACUAUAUUUCACAGCUCACAGCUUAAAGAUCGUAAGAAUAUAUUUGUGGCACACGCAAAAAGUUUAAAUACUAAACAAGAGGUUGAAAUCUUUAAAAAUACAAUAAAACUUGAAGAAAAGAACGCGACACACAAUGUAUUGGCUUUUCGAAUAGAAAAUUUAGGUGGAGUUAUUACUGAAGAAAGUGAGGAUGAUGGUGAAAAAUAUGCGGGGGAACGUUUAUUAAAUCUUCUUAGAACACUCGAUGUCAAGAAUAUAGCAGUAAUUGUGACACGAUGGUGUAGCGAUAUAGUUCUUGAUUCAAUUAGAUUUGAACAUAUUUUGAAAUGUGCGAGAGAAGUAUUGGAUCAAGGAGCUUUUGUAGGGAAUGGAACUUUAUCGUCAUCUGUUAAACGUAUAUCAUAUAAUGCUAUAAUAGUUAAUUCGUGUCAAAAAGGUAAUCCUAUCUUACAAUGUAUUCGAAAUGUUCCAUGGGAAUAUGGUGAAAUCGUUCCGGAUUAUUUACUAGGACAGACAACUUGUGCAUUAUUUCUUAGUCUUAAAUAUCAUAGACUUCAUCCUGAAUAUAUUUUCAAUAGAAUCGAAAAACUUGCUCAUCAUUAUUUACUUAGGAUUAUGUUAAUUCUUGUAGAUGUUGUAAAACCCAUUCGUGAACUUACGAAACUUUGUGUUUUAAAUAAUUUUACAAUAAUACUUGCUUGGAGUCAAGAAGAAGCUGGAAGAUAUCUUGAAACAUGUAAAGCUUUCGAACAUAAAUCACCAGAUAUGAUUAUGGAAAAGGUCGAAGAUGAUUAUCUAUCAAAAUUGACACAUUGUAUGACUCAAAUAAAAUCCAUAAACAAGACUGAUGUGAUAACACUUGCUUCUUCUUUUGGAUCAUUGAAGAAAAUCAUGUCUACUUCAUUUGAGCAACUUACUUUAUGUCCUGGAUUAGGUCAUCAAAAGGUAAAAAGAAUUCAAGAAGCAUUUGAACAACCUUUUUCAACAAAAUUUAAAUAA